GAGCUGUCCUCGGAGUCAGAUCUCAACUCAAGACACCAUGGCGCUCCCCAGGACCUUGCUGCUGUGCCUCCUCGGGAGUGGGCUCUGCCUGACAGGCUCCCACGCCCUGCAGUGCUACAGCUUCGAACACACCUACUUUGGGCCCUUCGACCUCAGUGCCAUGAAGUUCCCCAGUGUCUCCUGUCCCCAGGGCUGCUCCGAGGUGAUCUUGUCGCUGGACACGGGGUACCGCGCCCUGGUGACGAUGGUCCGGAAGGGGUGCUGGACGGGCCCCACCACCGGCCCCAUGCAGUCCAACCAGGAGGCGCUGCCGCCCGACUACGCGGUGGUCCGCGGCUGCGCCACCGACUUCUGCAACGCGGACCUGAAGACCCACGACGCGGUCCCCAACCUGAGCCAAGCGCCCGACCCGCCGACUCUCAGCGGCACUGAGUGCUAUGCCUGCCUGGGGGUCCACCCGGAAGACUGUGCCCCCGAGAGGUCCCGACGGGUGCAGUGCCACCAGGACCAGAGUGCCUGUUUCCAAGGCAACGGCAAGAUGACCAUCGGCAACUUCUCGGUGCCCGUGUACAUCCGCACGUGCCACCGGCCCUCCUGCACCACCAUGGGCACCACCAGCCCCUGGACGUCCAUCGACCUGCAGGGCCACUGCUGCCAAGGCCACCUCUGCAACCGGGACUCGGUGACACAGAGCCUCCCCGGCAUCACGUCCGCUGCCCCUCCCCAGGCUCGCCGGGCCCUGCCGCUCGCUGCUCUGGGGCUGGCCGUCGCUCUGGGGGUGUCCCUGGGGCUCCCCGCAUAGACUGCGCCUCCGGGAUCACUCCUGUUCUCACCGCUCCGGCCCCUGGUGUGGGCUCCCUAAAAAAUGACAGGAAAGUAAGACCCCCCCCUGGACACAGCGCCCCCCCAUCGCUUCUCACUGUUCCCCAAGAGCCAGCUUCCAACGCCACCCCAUGGCCCAGCGCCUUCAGGACAUGAGCCUUUUGUGACCCCAAGGCCAAACCUUGCCACUCACUCUAAAACCCCACUUCUCGCAAGAGUGAUGGUGAUCCCAGCCUGUCAUCCCAGCGCCCAGGCUGCUGAGGCAGGAGGGUCACUGCAAGGCCUUUGCAAGUUCAGGUCCAGUGAGACCCUGUCAAGCAUGGCCGCUCAGUCCUUUAAUCUCAUCACUGCAGAGGCAGGAGAGUCUCUGAGUUCUCAAGGCCAGCCUGUCUACAGAGUGAGUUCCAGGACAGCCAGGGCUACACAGAGAGACUUUGUUUCAAAAGGAAGAAAGGAGAGAGAGAGAGAGAGAGAGAUCAAAAACUCUGUUUUCUUUUUCCUUUUCUUUUUAGUAUCUCUUUAAAGCAGAAUUGACAUCCCUUCCAGCAGCCCCGCUCUUGGGUCUAUUACCACAACAGAAAUUGGCUCCUGUGUCCCCCAAACUACGCAGACUAGCAGGACAGAUAACAGCCACAGCUGGAAACAGCGGAAUGACAGGCGUGGUCAGGCACACAGUGGCGUGAAAGUGGCAGCUGAGUGUCACCUGUGAGGCCCUGGGAGACUCUCACAAAAACAGUAACGACUCACGCCAACAGGCUACAUGGUUCCACUCAUAAAGCCUAGAGCGCACAAUAGCAGAGAGUGCUUAUCUCGGGGCCCAGUGGCCAGGGUGUGGGUGUUUGGGGGUCUAGGAUCACACCGACCCAAUUUUGCUUUUCUGUAUUCACUAAACUUUUUGUUGUUGUUUUCUUUUGUUUUGAGAGAAAAGGUGUCAUGUAGCCCAGGCUAGACGCAAGCUCUCUCUGUAACCUAGGAUGACCGUGAACUCCCUCCCGCCUCAACGUGCCAGACACUGGGGUCACAGGUGUGGCCAUCGCACCUGUCUUUUCUCAUCUUUCCUUGUGUGUAUUGUUUGCAAUAAAAGGCUUAAAAUGUGCAAACGUUCUUGAU